ACAUCCACAGUAAAUGAUGUGCCCACAGCUAUAUUUCUUGACUUAGUUGAGCUAGAAAGCCAGUCAGCUGAGGAUAUAACAAAGAACUUACUGCAGUGCCUAAAUACUUGGGGACUAGAUGAAAAUUUCAUCAGGGCAAACUUUGUAGCUUUUGCUUGUGAUGGUGCAAGUGCAAUGCUUGGCAGGAAAUCUGGAGUAGCCACCCAUCUAAGACAGAUGUAUCCAGAUCUAAUGGUGUGGCAUUGCCUCAACCACAGAUUGGAGUUGGCUGUAGGUGAUACUGUGAAACAUGUCAACAAUGUAAACCAUUUCACAUCAUUUUUGGACAAAAUAUACACCCUCUACCACAGGUCACCAAAGAACUGUCGCAAACUGGCUCAGCAUGCACAAGAACUUGAGGUAAAUGUGCAGAAGAUUGGGAGGGUCCUUGAUGUUCGAUGGGCAGCUAGCAGCUUUAGAACAAUUAAGACUGUAUGGAGUUCAUACACAGCCUUACAUCAGCACUUCAGAGCUGCUGCUAUGGAUGGAACAAGAGAGGACAAUGAGAAGGCUAUGUAUAGCGGCCCAAUGACCAAAAUGGAGACCCAAGAAUUCCUCUGUGAUUUAGGUUUAAUGUAUGACACAUUAGAGGAAAUUGCACACCUCUCCCUGAACUUGCAAGAAAGAGGAAUGACACUCACAAAAGCAGACAAACUUAUGAGAAGAACCAUUCUCAUAAUUUCAUCCAUGAUAACCUCCCCAGGGGAUAAAAAGCAGGAUGCUCUUGCAGCUGCAGAGAGAAAGGAGUUUCAUGGCAUUCCCUUAACAGCCAAUCCUAGGCUGAGACAGAUAGACUCAGCAGUGUUCCUUCAGUCUCUUACUGAGAACCUAGAGGACAGGUUGUUCAGCACUGGCUCAAGCAGACACCCUGGCGUGUCAGCUGAGAACACUGCUCAAUAUACAGACUUGCUGCAUCACUUUAAUGUUCUCAAUCCAGAAAACUGGCCUGUUCCCUUACACGAGCAGUAUGGAGAAGCUUGCAUAAAGGAACUUGCACAUCGCUUCAGACUUGACCCCAGGAAAGUGCUUGAAGGCUUCAGGGAUUACAAAGAGGACUCCAGUGUGAUACCUCAAAACCUGUCCCCAGUGACCAGUAUUCUCAGCCUGAUACCUGUGAGCAAUGCAGAAUGUGAACGAGGGUUCAGUUGAAUGAACAUCAUUGUGUCUCCCCUGAGGUGUAGGGUGUUGAUACAGACAGUGUCAUCAUUAAUGUUUGUGAAUCUGAAUGGCCCUCCAUUGAUAAAGUGGAAUCCAAAUGAAUAUGUGAAAUCUUGGCUGGUGAAGCACAGAGGAGCUACAGAUCCAUGGACACGGCCCUGCCCACUAAAAUACCCAAUAGACAAAGAAGCUCUCUGGGCACUGUUGUGAUAAAAUUACUCGUAGGUUGGCUACAAAUCCUGUAGGUUCAGUGCUGUUAUGAUUCUUUGUUUUGUUUGAAUUGCUGCAGUUCCGUGUUGAGCUACCUAGACAUACAAAAGUUAAGAUUCUUCCAGUGCCAGAUCUAAUGAUGUGAUUUAUUUUUCAGAGAGGCCUACUGUUGAUAUAUAAUUCAGCCUGUUUCCUAUAGACUUUAUUUUUCUCUCUUAAUUGAUUAUUGAGAUUUAAUAAACCUCAACCCUAGUGUGGCAGUGGGGGCGUGGUCAAACGUCGGUCUGUGACUGGAGGGCGGAGUCAGGGAAGGUAAGUGGCAGAAUCACUACACCUGAUGUGAAUUAACCUGUGUUUGUGUGUUUUCCCAGCAACCACGCCCUAUAGAGAGCGUGCACGUGACGUCACGAGGUCACAUGAUAUUUGUUUAUCCUCCAUCUUGGACGGCAAGGCCACGCAUAGAACUUAGACGAACCCGUUCUAAUUAUCAAAUUCCCCGCAGACGAGGAGAGACGCGCAAAAUGGGUGUCGGCUGUGCAAAGAGAAAACUGGUACCCCAGUUCUACCAGCCGAAUUUGUAGUGAACACUUCAUAUCAGGUAGGUGUAAUCUUCUAAUUCAAUACUCCUAGUCAGGGGCGCCGCCAAAAAUUUUGGGCCUCAUGAAAGAUUAGAAUUUUGGGCCCCCCAACUUUGCCCACCCUCGUCACAAUUGCACUAUUAUCAUUAUUUGACUUUUGAUAGCCCAUGGACCUUGAGUUUGUGACUUUGUUAUUACAUUUUAUGUAUUAACC